CCGUGCAUGGCCACCGUCCCGCUCAUGCCUUGGAAAAGACCCAGAAAAGCAGCGUAAAGUUUGAGGGGAAAGCAGACGAAGGAGGCGCAGGCCAGAGGGAGAGAGCACCUUCAGUCUGAGAGGAGGAAAAAUCUGAGAAAAAUGGUGGCUGUACCCCUUCGUUCUUUCUAUCUACUCAUCACAGUGUCCCAGUUAUGUUUAUUACACCUGGUCCAUGGCGGGGCGUAUUAUGGACACAAACAGCUGCCUCAACAGCACCAGCCCCUGCCUCAGUACAAUGAUGGGUAUCCUCAGCAACAGUUUAUGGGGAACGAGAUGCCACACCUGCCUUAUGGCCAAGAAGUGCCUCAGUAUGGGAAAGAGCUUCCUCAGCUGCCUUUGCAGAUGGCCAAAGAGAGGCCACUGACUGAUAGCAAAGGACAAACAUUCCCCAGAGGAGCUAAAGGUCCACCUCCUCCUGGUCCUGGUGUAGAAGGUCUCAGAGAAGGACCACAAGGAGUUCAGGGUCCCCCAGGACCAGCAGGACCACCAGGUCCACAGGGGCCCACUGGACCACCAGGCCAAGCAUUGCCAGGAUUACCAGGAAAGCCAGGUCCUCCUGGUCCUCAAGGCUACCCAGGAAUCGGAAAACCUGGCAUGCCAGGAUUGCCAGGAAAACCUGGAGGACCUGGAUUACCAGGGCUAAAGGGUGACCUUGGUCCUGGUGGUGGUGAAGGACCAACUGGACUUCCUGGGCCCCCAGGGCUCCCAGGUCCCCCUGGACUACCUGGGAUUUCAAAACAAGGAGGUCAGGGGCUGCCCGGACAGACUGGUCUUUCAGGAGAGCCUGGACAAAGAGGUCCACCUGGGCUCCCUGGUCCUCCAGGCCACAAGGGGGACAAAGGAAUUGGUAUACCCGGUUUACCAGGUUUAAAAGGACCCAGUGGACCACCAGGUCCACCUGGACAUGUGGGCAACCCUGGGAUUGGUAAACCUGGCCUGAAUGGUCUCCCUGGACAGCCAGGGAUACCAGGAAAGCCUGGUCCUUCUGGAGAGCCAGGACUGGCAGGGCCACCUGGUGAUAGAGGCCAACCAGGACCGCCAGGUGUGCCAGGAAUUGGGAAACCAGGAAAAGAUGGUUUCAGAGGGCAACCAGGGCCUGCUGGAGCGAAAGGGGAACCAGGCCCCCAUGGUUUACCAGGGGGUCCAGGCUUACCAGGAUAUGGUAAACCAGGAUUUCCAGGACCUAAGGGUCACAAGGGACAUGCUGGUCUCCCGGGACCUUCAGGCCUAAAAGGUGAUAAAGGUCAUGGAGGUCUUCCUGGAGUGAUUGGUCCCACCGGUCCUAGUGGUAUGCCUGGCCCACCAGGUCCAAUGGGGCCUCCCGGUAGUCUUGGUUUCCCAGGGCAAAAGGGAGAGGAAGGUGUUGGGGGACAAAAGGGAUAUCCAGGAAUGAAGGGUGCUCUAGGGCCUCCAGGUCUUCCAGGACACCCAGGAUUAUCAGGAGAGCUUGGACAACCUGGACCAAGAGGUUUUCAAGGGCCCAUUGGCCCCAAAGGAGAACAUGGUUUAAGGGGUUUACCUGGUGCCCCUGGUGGUGGAGGACUACCUGGACCAAGAGGAGAGGGGGGACAACCUGGAGAGAAAGGCCACCAAGGAUCACAAGGUAUUCCAGGACUUACAGGACCAGGGGGACCAAUUGGACCUCCUGGAAUGCCAGGGCCGAAAGGUGAAACAGGCCUGCCUGGUAAACCUGGCUACCCUGGUGAGGGAAAGCCAGGACUCCCAGGCCAUAUUGGUCCUCAGGGUAACCCUGGCCCAAGUGGCCCUGCUGGACUUCCAGGUCAACCAGGACAACCUGGACCCCCUGGUCCCCCAGGACUACCUGCUACAUCCCCUGAACUUGGACAGAUCCUCCCCGUGACCGGCCCAUAUAGCAGCCAAAAACAAGGCUACAAGAAGAACGGAGGUGACAUUGGUGGAAAUGCCGUGGAGAUGCCGGCCUUCACAGCAAAGCUCACAAACCCGUUCCCUCCUGUUGGCUCUCCGGUCAUCUUUGACAAACUCCUGCACAACGGCAACCAGGACUACAAUCCCCAAACUGGUAUUUUCACCUGUAGCGUACCAGGGAUCUACUACUUUGCUUACCAUGUCCACUGCAAGGGAGGUAACGUGUGGGUGGCACUAAUGAAGAACAAUGAGCCAGUCAUGUACACGUACGAUGAAUACAAAAAGGGUUUGCUGGAUCAGGCAUCAGGGAGCGCUGUACUCCCUUUACGACAUGGAGACACUGUGCAUAUACAGCUACCAUCUGACCAGGCUGCGGGACUUUACGCUGGUCAAUAUGUCCAUUCUACGUUUUCCGGAUACUUAUUGUACCCAAUGUAAGAAUUGUGUAUAAACAAAGCGAUAGCAAUGACGUAUUGGAGGUAAAUUUUACCAUAUUUAUGGUAAAACAAGUGCAGUCUCAAAGGUACAACGUAGGUCAAGUGAAAUGGUUUACAAAGAGCGGUGGAAGAAUAACCUUUUAUAUAUAAACAGUAGCAAGUAUAAGUACAUCAAUGGAGUCAUGAUCGUUCUUGUGAGGGUUCUGUGUUGUUAAGAGCACAAGAAGUACUACCAAAUAUGUCAGUUGUCAUAAUUCUCGUAUGUUUACAUUUAUUCUUAUAUCCAUCAACACACAAUAUAUCAAGACAUGGCUGGAACAAUGAGGCUUUACGUUGCAGACUUGUAUUCACUUUUCACUCGCUUUACAGUUAUACGCUGUAUACUGGGCACAUAAGAACAUAUUAGUUUCAUUGUACAAUGCAUUUACUCACAGUACAUAAGGUUGGGUUUGUUUUUGGGGGAUUCAUCAUACAGUUAUUAAGUUAUUGUUAGUCUUUUUAUGUUGUUUUAUGAAAAUGCAGCUCUUAAAUGCAAGUAUUUGGGUGAGUUUUAAAUCCAAUUUCACACCAUAUCUCAGUCCAGAACAGGACCAAAGAAUAAAUAAAUAAAAACCUUUGCCCACAGUUGAACUUUGUUUUGUCAAGAUUGUUUUGUUUGUCAGUAUUCUCUGUAAUUUAUUUGUUUGACUACUGAUUACUUUGGGAUUGUGUUAAUUUCUGUGUGUUGACAGUAAUCAAUCAACAAAAACAAAUAUUCACAAAUAUUCGGAAAGAAAAAAAUAUCAUUCAUGCUCGUACCCAUUCAUAUCACCACCGUGUGUCAGUUUUGUUUAAUUUUGAACUGUGGAUGUGCAAUUUGUGUUUUCUCUCUUCCUUUUUGUUGGCUUUACUUUGGACAAUGGUGCACAGCAUUAAAUGGGAGAAACUGUGCCUAAAGUAUGUGAAUUUUGCUUUUAUUGGUUAGAUAAUAAAGAAACAAAAACAUU